AUGUUGUUAUUGACAGAUGAUCCAUUAACUUUGAGCUAAUCAAAAAUUGAGUAGUUUGAACUCAAACUAACAUUUGAUGUUUAAUUUUUAUUGGAGGUUGAGAUCAAUUUUAACUCUCCGAAAAUUUAGAUAGCUAUGUAGAAUCUCAGCUUGAAAGAGCAAGACUUAUAAUAAAAAAAAAUAUCCCAAUUCUUUAUCAUGGAUGAAGAUUAUUCGGUAACUGAAUAAAGGUAUCUGCUUCAUUUGCAUCAAAUUGCAUAAAGAAGAAAAUUAUUGGUAAAGGAAAGGAAUAAAAUUAAAAAAGAGGAGGCAGAGACCUUAAAAUACGAUUAGUUGGUAAAUACCAGAUAUUAUUCUUAAACUGAAAGUUUCAACUAUUUAAAUAUUGAAAAUGCAAUUUCCAUGCUAGAUAAAAGAAUUGAAUUAUAACAAAUUAAAAAAGAUAAAACUCAAUUAAUCCUCAAAAAUAAAAUACGGGAAUAAAUUGAAGAAGAAUUGAAAAUAUUGAACGAGAAUAAAGUCUUGGAAUAAGAGAACUUACGAGUAAAAAAACUAAAAAAGCAAAGUCUUAAAGCCAUCAGUGAUAGAGCGCAUUCUUUUAACUAGAAAACUCAAUAAAUAGCAAAAAAACAUUAAGAAUCAAUUCAGUAUGAAUAGGAAAAGGCAUUUGAAAGAUAAAAAGAAAUUCUUUCUAAAGAUAAACUUGAAUCAGAUGACUCAGAAAGAGGAUUAUAUCAAAAUUAAAUAAAAUAAAAAGAAAAAGAGCUAAAAGAUUUGCUUAAAUAAAAAUAAGUAAAUGAUAGAAUUAAGUAAAUCAAAUAAUAAGAAAUUGAAUAAUGUAAUUAAUUAUAUGCAAAGAUUCAAUCUAAAUUAAAUAAAUCUCAAAUUAAUAGACUAAGUUUAUUAGAUAAUAAUAGAACUUCUGUAUUUUAAAAUACUUAAUCUCAUCAAAAAGUUGAAGAAUCAUAAAAGUUUUUAGAAAAAUAUAUUCAAAAAUAAACUAGAUAUAUCAAUAAUUCAAAAGAAUCCUAAAGAUAAUUAACAAAAUUAAAGAAACGAAAAAAUAUCAAGUAACAGUUUAAUUAAGACAAAUAAACAAAUUACACAAAAAUAGAGGAAACUUACCCUGAAAAAAAAAGUUCAAACUAUUCUCCUCAAUUAAAUAAAAAAAAUAAGUCUCGAAGUUUAGUCAACUUAGAAAAAAUAAAUCUCUAACAAUUAGAAAAAGUUAAUAAAGUUCUUGAAAAAUAACGAUCAAGCAGCAUUUUAUAAUCUUAAAUUAGAGAAAGAAAAGAAAUCCUUAGAGAAGCAAGCAAAAGCAAUUUUCAAUAAAGAAGUCAAUUUUAAGAACUUUAGCAUGAUUUAUCGAAAAUAAAAAACAAUGUUUCAAAAGAAUUUUUGUUUAAAAAAAUUUCUAAAUGGGAUUGUGUAGAUUUAAUAAAUAAAUAUUAUAAAUGA